CAUGGAUCAUGAAGAUCAUCAUCACCUUUCAAUUCAUCUUUCUACUAGCUUUCUCUGGGGCCUCCUUAAUUCUUUUGGAGCCCUGGAUUUUGCUUGUUUCUUCUCUUACAAUUUUAGUUACUACAUGUUCAGACUAAUUAGGUACCCUAUUGUCAGCGUGGAACCUGGCAUAUCAACCUAAUGGGGUUGAAAUUCUCAAAGCAGGAACCGCCACCCAAAAUGAAUAGUCCAAGUUUGGAAUUGCAUCAUCGCAUGAUCAGUUAUCUUACCAAGAAUUUUAUACGUAACUUGGUAUCCAAGCAAAGGAGAAGAAUGCUUAUUGCUGGUUAUGAUCUUGAUAUGUCAUAUAUCACAGAUAGAGUGUUAGCUAUGUCAUUUCCUGCAGAACGUAUGAGAGCAAUGUAUAGAAAUCCUCUCUGGCAGGUUAAAUCUGUGUUGGAUAUGAGACAUCAAGAACAUUAUAAGGUCUAUAAUCUCUGUAUAGAAGAGAAUUAUGAUCCAGCACAAUUCUAUGGUCGUGUCGAAGCAUACCCUUUUGAUGACAAUCAUGUUCCAUCUCUUGAAAUGGUCAAAGCUUUCUGUGAAAGUGUGGAUUCAUGGCUGUCACGUGACCCCAAAAAUAUUGCUGUUAUUCAUUGCAUGGCAGGUAAAGGUAGAACUGGUUUGAUGGUUAGUUCAUACCUAACUUAUUGCGGCAUGUCAGCAGAAGAGGCUCUUCAAUUAUAUGCAGAUAGAAGGACAACCAAUAAUGAAGGAGUAUCAAUACCAAGCCAACGUCGUUAUGUAGGGUACUGGGAAAGUCUACUUUCUGUCCCUAGAGGAACUGGAUAUGGAUCGCCGAACGUGAAUUUGCCUCAACAAUGUAGCAGAGAAUUACGGCGAAUUCGGCUGUAUGAUACUGUCAACAUUGACACUAUUUUCUUUGUUAUAUCAGAACUGCAGGAGAUUCCAAAUGAGGUGUAUCGUCCAGCAGUGGAAAUUUACAGGAGCUGCUGCAGAGAGGUUAAGAAAGGUUAUCAGAGAACUAACAGCCCUCGCUAUUAUAUUUCUAUUCCUGAAAGUGAUGAAGAUGGAAUACAAUCAGAAAUAGAAGAGCGGCAAGAGCCUCGUGUUGUAGUUCAAAUGGACACAGAGAGUCCUGCAAUAUACCAGAAAUCUUGUUUGGACCAUUAUUUUGAUAAACCUAUACAGGUAACUGGAGAUGUACGUGUGAUAUUCUAUGAGAAAAUGAUUGGAGGCCGUCUUUUCUACUGCUGUUUUAAUACAUCUUUUAUUAGGAACAGCUUACUACAGCUCACAGUAAAGGACUUGGACAAAGUAGGGAAGAAAGGAAAAUCAAUAUGUGGCCCGACAUUCGGCUUAGAAUUACUGUUUGGUCCUGCUAAUACAGGAUUUUCCUCCUCAAGUAUAUCUAUCAGUGACAAUUCUAGUGAUGAUUCACUAUAAUAAUAUCAUAUGUCCAUAUAUGUCUACAAAAAAUAAUAUGAAAGGUUGUGUCCAAUUCAUUACACUACUUGUUGUAACAUAUUUCCUGCAAAAUGAUCCCACCAAUGAGUCCCUUGCCUUCCCUUGCUGUGUAGUAGUGCACUGAUUCCUCCACCUGUCUUGUCGUCUAAUUUUUCAUUGGCGAAAGGCAUGAAGAGUCUAAUUAUUGUAUUGUUUUUAGUGAUUGAAUAGCAUUCUCUAACUGGAUUUAACUUCA